AUCAGGCAGGCUGGAUCUGAUCUGUGAUCUCUGAUCGAUGAAGCCGUUCCACACGCCCAUCUUUCUGCUCGACAUCGACAUCGGCAUCGGCAUCAUCAUCGUCGAAACGUCUGUCAUCGCUCACGCCCCUCCCUCAGCGAAGAUUUCUCAAAUAGUAGUCAUACAGUAGGCUAGCUAAAUGUCCCCUUCGUCUCAUCCCUUUUCAUCCUUUACGGUGGAUCAAUCGUGGCAGUGAUGGAUUACUCGAAUAUCCUUGAUCAUAUCAAGUCUCUAUCAUGGUCACAGUCUUCUGAACAAACUCUACUCGAACCUUUUACUUACAUCUCUUCAUCUCCGGGAAAAGAAAUCCGACCCAAGUUUAUAGAUGCUUUCAACCUCUGGCUCAAGGUUGACGAAGGGGAUUUGGACGUCAUCAGGAAGGUUGUCAACAUGCUGCACAAUGCUAGUUUACUGAUGGAUGACGUGGAAGACAACUCCGAACUUCGUCGUGGACUUCCAGUCGCUCAUACCAUCUACGGGGUGCCCCAGACGAUCAAUAGUGCCAAUUAUGUCUACUUUCUCGCCAUGCAAGAAUUGUUGAGGUUGCAAUCAGGCUCGGAAAAGAAGGGGAAGGGGGUGGAUUUGAUGGGUGUCGUCACGGAGGAGUUGCUCAAUCUACACCGUGGACAAGGCCUCGAUUUGUACUGGAGAGACAGCUUGACUUGUCCUAGCGAAGAGGAAUACGUGCAGAUGGUUCUGGGCAAGACAGGAGGCUUGUUCCGACUAGCAGUCAAACUCAUGAUGGCUAAGUCGGAUUGCGAUGUCGAUUUCGUCCCUCUGGUCAACCUGAUCUCCGUGUUUUUCCAGAUCAGAGAUGACUACAUGAACCUACAAUCCAGAGAAUAUGAAGACAACAAGGGUUUCGCGGAAGAUCUGACAGAGGGGAAAUUCUCUUUCCCCGUCGUCCAUGGUGUUCGGGCAGAUCAGUCGAAUCGGCAAGUACUGAACGUACUUCAGAAACGCACCACGUCAUACUCUCUCAAAGCUCACACGGUCGACUUUCUACGCAAACAUACUAAAUCGUUCAUCUACACACGCGAGGUAUUGGAGAAGCUGUUGAAGCAGAUCCACGCCGAGUUGGCUCGCCUAGGUGGGAACCGAGCCCUCGAAGGGAUUCUCAACGCUUUGGGACUUCCCGACGAGAACUGAUAGCGAUUCAGAGUAGAACACUCGUGAAGAACUGAUGCUAUCAUCCCCUCCCAUCUUAUCUGUAUGUACGUUUCAUGCGAGACAUCAUAUAACUUAGUCUCCUUUGGCUUUACACGACGGCUGUAUGCAUCUUUAUAUCUGAU